UCGUCUCUACCUCCAACAUGUUCACUAAGACUGUCGUUGCCCUCGCCCUCGUGGCGUUUGCUGCCUCUGCUCCGUCUCAGCCAGCUUACGGUUAUGCUCCUCAACCUACCUACGAGGUCCCUGCCAAGUAUGACUUCAACUAUGCUGUGAAGGACGACUACUCUGGCAACGACUUCGGUCACCAGGAAGCCCGUGAUGGUUACGACACCCAGGGUUCCUACUAUGUCUUGCUUCCCGACGGUCGUCUGCAGAAGGUCGCCUACACUGUCAACGGCGACUCAGGUUACGUGGCUGAGGUCAGCUACGAGGGUGAGGCCCAGUAUCCCGAGUACAAGCCUGCUCCUGCCUACAAGCCUGCCCCUGCCUACAAGCCUGCUCCUGCCUACAAGCCUGCUCCUUCUUACCAGCCCGCUCCUGCCUACAAGCCAGCUCCUUACCAGCCCGCACCUACCUAUGAGCCUGCUCCUACCUACGAGACUACCCCAGCCUACUGUCAGUUAUAUUUUAGAGAUCGCAGAAUUUAUGAAAAGGAAGAUGAUGGACAUAAUUCAAGACUCGUGGACUACGGUAUAAAAGGGACUCGCUUGAUGACUGGAGCAUCACACUUCGUCUCUACCUCCAACAUGUUCACUAAGACUGUCGUUGCCCUCGCCCUCGUGGCGUUUGCUGCCUCUGCUCCGUCUCAGCCAGCUUACGGUUAUGCUCCUCAACCUACCUACGAGGUCCCUGCCAAGUAUGACUUCAACUAUGCUGUGAAGGACGACUACUCCGGCAAUGACUUCGGUCACCAGGAGGCUCGUGAUGGCUAUGACACUCAGGGUUCCUACUACGUUCUUCUUCCCGACGGUCGUCUGCAGAAGGUCGCCUACACUGUCAACGGCGACUCCGGCUACGUUGCUGAGGUUAGCUACGAGGGCGAGGCCCAGUACCCUGAGUACCAUCCUGCUCCUGCCUACAAACCCGCCCCUGCCUACAAGCCCGCCCCUGCUUACAAGCCCGCCCCUGCUUACAAGCCCGCCCCUGCUUACAAGCCCGCACCCACUUACCAUGCUGCACCUGCCUACAAGCCUGCCCCUACCUACGAGCCUGCUCCUACCUACGAGACCACCCCAGCCUACGCCUAAAUGAACUUUUGUUAAACAUAUUUUGCUAGGUAUUUAUUAAACGGAAAUUCUACUAAA